UGCCACGUUGCGGCGCGGUUCGGGAGUUCUCGGCUCUUUCCGGAAGCGCUGGGGAUGUGGGAGGGGCUGCCUGGCGGGGAGAGGCUUCUUGAGCUGUCAGUAUCAGCAACUGCCUGAGUCCGCAGCGCCGAUCCCCGGGAGAGCCGAUCACACUCGGGGCUGAUACGGCUGCCACCAUGCUGACGGACAGUAACGUGGAGGAGUUCGAAAUCAAGGAGGAUGAGCCGUGGUAUGACCACCAGGACUUGCAGCAAGAUCUGCAGCUUGCCGCUGAGCUGGGGAAGACUUUACUGGAUCGCAAUACUGAAUUGGAGGAAUCUCUGCAACAGAUGUAUGACACCAACCAGGAGCAGAUCCAGGAAAUUGAAUACCUGACUAAGCAGGUGGACUUACUGAGGCGGAUGAAUGAGCAGCAUGCCAAAGUGUAUGAGCAGCUGGAUGUCGCCGCCAGAGAUCUGGAAGAUGCCAAUCAGAAGCUGGUGCUGGAGAGCCGGGCAUCACAACAAAAGAUUAAUAGUUUAACAGAGACCGUUGAAGCACUGCAAGUCCUUAUUGAUGACCUCCAAAAACAAGUGGAAGAACUGAGAAACAACCAGCUGCGUCCCAGCCGUGAAAGAUUUGAGCACUCCAGGUCAACGCACAGCUUCUCUUGCCUAAAGGAAUUGUAUGACCUGCGCAAGUAUUUUGUAUACGAUCAUGUUUUCGCUGAGAAGAUUGCAUCUUUAAAUGCUCCGCCUGCACCAGUUGAGGAGGAAAAUGAGAAUUUAAAGAAGACCAUGGCAGGUAUGGAAGCACAGCUCAGCACAGAACGCACUAAAAGAGAAAGAUUAGAGGAAGAAUACAACCAGGUUGUGAAAGAAAAUGCUGAGCUGGAGCAGAUACUCUAUGACAGAGACUCCAUGCACGCCCGUGCAGAAGAACUGGAGGCAGAGGUGGCAGAAAUGCGUCAGAUCUGUCGGUCUGACAGUGUAUUUGCAAGCAAUGUGGAGAAAUUGAUCCCAGAGUCCAUCUUCAUCUCCUUCAAAGAAAAUGCAGACAAGGAUAUAGAGCCGGAGUCCAUUGUACGGGCCACAGAAGGGGACAAAAAGCCUUUAAAAAGAAGCAACAGUGAAAUGAUCCUGCCCAGUUCUACAGCAGAAGCCAUCCGCAAUGGCCAUGAGGAGACCUGUAUCAGGAGAACGGAAGCUGUGAAACAAAGGGGAAUUUCACUGCUUAAUGAGGUGGACUCUCAGUAUAGUGCUCUCAAAAUCAAGUAUGAGGAGCUUCUUCAGCGGUGCCAGUUAGAGGACGAUUUCUUUAGCCACAAGGGUGUCCAGACCUCUAAGCCGUCUACCAGCCAGUCCAAUGUAUCCUCUCCAGAAGACGGUUCUCCACUACGCUCCUCAUCUACCAAGCACAAAGCUGGUUCUCCUGGAACCCAGCCAGAGUACAAAGUUCUCUUUCAGGAAAUUUUUAGCUGUAUCAAUAAAACCAAAGAGGAAAUUAACGAACAUCGAACAAAAUACAAACAGAUUUGUCAUUCUAAAGACAGCUAGAGCUCGCUGUAUUCUGGGACUUUUGUUUCCAUGUUUUCUUUAUGUAAAGUAUAAGUCCACUUUUCUGACACGUUGAUGUUGUAAUG